UUACGUCAGCUGGAAGUAGCAGAGAAGACAGUCAUUCAUUUCAACACGGACUUCAUAAUUAUUAUUAUUAUUACAUUAUUUGCACUAUUUGUUUAAAUCCAAUUGAAAUUUGUUCGCUGCUAUAAAACACAACAAAAUAGUAUUUAAUGUUUUUUCAAGUUUAUCGUCUUACGAUAACAACAAUAUGUAACCGUGGUAUUUUAAUAAGUAAUUUCCAACGUUGCCGUACAUUCUUUGCUCGUAAUAUACAAACCAAGAUGGAUUCAAAUUUGGCGAGCAGCAAAAGUGCUUUACCGUCGAUAAAAGUAACAAUUUCUGAUGGUGCAAAACCAUUACGAGUCAAUAAUAUUGUGAAAUCUCAACAAGAUAAUCGUGAUUACCGUGGUUUACAAUUGAGCAAUGGCUUGAAAGUGUUACUGAUUAGUGAUCCGGCUACCGAUAAAGCAGCUGCAUCGAUGACGGUUGACGUGGGGCAUAUGAGUGAUCCAGAGAAUCUACCUGGACUUGCACACUUCUGUGAGCAUAUGCUGUUCCUCGGUACGAGAAAAUAUCCUAACGAAAAUGCUUACAGCACAUAUCUAUCGGAGAAUGGUGGCAGUUCGAAUGCAUCAACAUAUGCUGACAAUACGAAGUAUUAUUUUGAUGUGGUGUACAAUAAAUUGGAAGGUGCUCUAGAUCGAUUCGCUCAGUUUUUCAUUGCUCCGUUGUUCACAGACAGCGCAACUGAUCGUGAAAUUAAUGCAGUCAAUUCAGAACACGAGAAAAAUCUUGCCACUGAUGUAUGGCGAAUUCGACAAGUGAACAAAGCACUGGCCGAUCCAACACAUCCGUACAGUAAAUUUGGUACCGGUAAUGCGAAGACACUAAGUGAAGAUCCGAAAAAAUUUGGAAUUAAUGUUCGUGAAGAACUUUUAAAGUUCCACGAAAAAUGGUAUUCAGCAAAUAUCAUGUGUUUAGCUGUGUAUGGGCGCGAAACACUUGAUGAACUCGAAACCAUGGUCAUAUCACGAUUUUCGGAAAUUGUGAAUAAAAGUGUUAUAUCUCCACGAUGGACAAAUCAUCCGUUUUUGAAAGAACAUUAUGCAACGAAAAUAUCAAUUGUUCCAGUGAAAGAUUCGCGAACACUAACACUCACUUUUCCCACGGGUGAUUUGGAUCAGUUUUAUAAGGCUGGCCCAGAAGCAUAUUUGAGCCAUUUAAUUGGUCAUGAAGGAAAAGGUAGCAUUUUAUCGGAGUUGAAAAGCAGAGGUUGGUCUAACAGCUUAUUAGCGGGUCACAAUACGCUAGCGCGUGGAUUUGGAUUUUUUGAUAUAAUGGUAGAUUUAACACAAACCGGUUUCGAAAAUAAUGAUGAAAUCAUAAAAAUAAUUUUCCAAUAUAUCAACAUGUUGCGAACAGGCGGACCGAAAAAGUGGAUUUUUGAAGAAUACUUAAACUUGAGUGAAAUGCAAUUUCGAUUUAAAGACAAAGAAACUGCAUUGUUGCUCGUUUCUAGUGUAGUCCAUUCGAUGCAAUUAUAUCCAAUGGAAGAAGUGCUCACCGCUCCGUAUUUAAUAUCUGAAUGGCGACCAGAUCUUAUUCAAAAUUUAAUGAACGAAUUAGUACCGGAAAAAUGUCGCAUUGUUAUUGUUGGCAAGAAAGUCGAACCGAUAUGUAAUGAAACUGAAUACUGGUAUGGGACUAAAUAUCGAUUCGAGUCAAUUUCUGACGAUGUUGUUGAGGACUGGAAAAAUUGUGGCCUAAAUGAAAAUCUAAAUUUUCCGAUGCUAAAUCCAUUCAUACCAACUGAUUUCGAAUUAUGUACGUGUGAAUCAGAAAUCCAACCAUAUCCAAUCAUUUUACGUGAUGACCCAAUCAUGCGUGUAUGGUUCAAACAAGACACAGAAUUUCGUAAACCGAAAACCAUCAUGAAUUUUGAUUUCUCUAGUCCAAUGGCGUAUUCUGAUCCACUCAAUUGCAAUUUGACACACAUGUUUGUUCAGUUAUUCAAAGAUGAGCUGAAUGAAUAUUUAUAUGAAGCUGAUUUGGCGGGCCUUCGAUUUGGAGUGAGCAACACAUCAAAUGGUAUUAGUUUAUCAAUAAGCGGAUACAGUCAUAAACAGCAGAUUUUACUCAGUAAAGUCAUCGAUCAAUUGUUCAAUUUUGAAUUUUGUCCAAAACGGUUCGAAGUAAUCAAAGAGCAAAUGCAUCGCGCCUUAAAAAACUUCAACGCAGAACAACCAUAUCAGCAUGCAGUAUACUAUCUAGCACUCAUUCUUACGGAACAUGCUUGGACAAAACAAGAAUUGAUUGAUGCUGUUUCAUUGGUGACAGUGGAGCGUUUGGAACAAUACAUUAAGGACUUUUUAUCUCGAAUGCAUGUGGAAUGCUUGAUUCAUGGAAAUGUUAAUAAGCAGAAAGCCAUAGCAUUGGCCAGUAUUGUCGAACAAAAAUUAAAAACAACCAAUGCAAACACACUACCAUUGCUAUCCCGUCAAUUGCUUUUGAAGAGAGAAUAUAAAUUGGUCAAUCAAGAAUCAUAUCGAUUUGUAACAGAAAAUGAAUUCCAUAAAAGUUCAUGUACCGAACUGUAUCUUCAGUGUGGCAUGCAAAGUGACACCGCCAACGUUUUUAUUGAUCUGGUUUCACAAAUUCUUUGUGAACCAUGUUACAACACAUUGCGUACAAAAGAACAACUGGGAUAUAUUGUUUUUUGCGCAUCUCGUAAAGCAAAUGGAGCACAAGGUAUCCGUUUCAUUGUUCAAUCGGUCAAACAUCCGAUUUAUUGUGAGGAACGUAUUGAAAUAUUCCUAGAUUCAAUGAUGAAACAAAUCGAAGAAAUGUCUGACGAAGAAUUUAAUCGGCAUAAAGAAGCUCUUUCAGCGCAAAAGUUGGAAAAACCAAAACGCCUUUCAACUCUUUUCAACAAAUUUCUAAAUGAGAUCUCGUUGCAGCAGUAUCAUUUCGAUCGUGCGGAAAAAGAAGUUGCUAUUUUACGCAAUGCUACAAAGUCGGAAUUAUUAGAAUACUAUAAGUGCUACAUUUUGUCAACUGGAGCAAAUCGAUCAACACUUUCCAUUCAUAUUAUUUCAACGGCCGAAGGUGGUGUCGGAAAUACAAAUGAAAUCAAAGAUGCAACAUCGACUACCACAAUAGUUGAUAGAAGACCUAACACAAAAUUAAUCUCGGAUCUGGCUGUCUUCAAAUCCAGUAAAGAACUUUAUCCAUGCUUACAACCUUACAUUGACAUCCAACCAAAAGGUGCUAAAAGCAAGUUAUAAAUAUAACACAACCUAGGGGUUUUUAUCUCAAUCAAAACACUGUGAAUAUUGCGUAUAUUUUGCGUAUAUUCACUGCGAAUAUUCGCAAAAUAUUCGCAAAACACGUACAUUCAAUGCAUUAUUCGUAAAAUAUGCAUAGUAUAUGUACCAUCGAAUAAUAUAUAUUUGCGAACAGAUAAAUUUCCCUAGAACACAACAAACCAAAUAUGAUAAUGUUUUGGUUCAAUACAUUUUUUUCUAAUUGUUUGAAUUAAUCAUGAUGAUUAAUCUUUCUUCGAUGAAAUUUAAGGGCAAUAUUGCUUUGUAAGGAUAACAGAAAAUGUGAUGUGAGACAAUUAAUAACAUAAGUGUCAUUCAAAAAAAUAUUUUCAAACUCACAAAAAAACCUUAUUUAUAAUUUUUGCAUUCAAGAAAAAUGCCGGAACCUUUCCCGAAAAUACAUUUUUCCGAACGAACGUUCAUGUAAAUUCGGUUAAUUUUAUUGGAAAAAUUCUCACAUUUCCAGGAAAACGAUCGUUCCGAAAGAAGUAUUUUCGGGAAAUGUUCCGGCAUUCUUCAAGAGAAAUUACUGAAGAUAUUGUAAGACUUUCCCUCUUUUUGAAUAAUACAUCAUCUACAUCUCUGAGGAGUGAGAGUGUGAUUUAAAUAUGAUUGUUUCGUCGUCAUAAUCUGGUUAAUUCUUUUCAUCGUCGUUUCCAGUCGAAGGUGAUUCAUCGAGAAUACUUUUAAGCACUAUUUACUCAAUCAAAAUCGAUUUAAAUCACGAUUAACUCAACAGUUAUGUGAUAAUUAAUUGAUAAUACGGUCAAGGGAAAUGUAUUCUUUUGAUUUAACGAAACUCAAAUUAUUAAAUUAAUUAAAAAAAACCUAUUAUUCAUCUAGUUGAUUGAACUAUUUUAUAAUAAGACUGUCUCAAAGAGCGCCGGUUAAUAAAGAUCUUACAUGUUUACUCAG